CAACCGCCGUUCACUUCAGCCCGAGAUGGCGGCUGGCUGCUGCGGUGUCAAGAAGCAGAAGCUAUCGUCGUCGUCGUCUUCCUCUUCGUCGUCUUCGUGCGCCGGAGCCUCGGCGGCGGCGGCCGCGGCGGCGUCGGCGGGGCCCUACGGCUCCGUGGGGUCGGCGGCCGCGGGGAUCGCCAUCGCAGCCGCAGCAGCCGCAGCCGCCGCCUCAGCCGCCGCUUCAGCCUCCUCGGCCUCGAUCCCCUCAGCCGGGCACGACUCCACCUCAGCGCCAUCGUCGGGCGGCAGUGGCGGCAGCAGCAGCAGCAGCAGGGAGAUGAUCAUCGCCGCCUCUCGUCACAAUCACAACAACCACCACCAGCAGUCGCAACAACAACAACAACAGCAGCAGCAGCCACAGCAGCCGCAACAACAGCAGCAACAACAACAGCAGAUGCAGCAGCAGCAACAGCAGAGUAACGGAGUGUCGAGACGCAUCAGCAGCAGCAGCAGCAACAUGGUGGCGUCUGCCGAGAUGUGCUUCUAUUGCUUCGACGUCCUCUACUGCCAGAUGCAUGGCUACCAGGCGCCUCGCAGUCCUCGCUUCACCAACGACGCCUAUCCGCUGUUUGUCACGUGGAAGAUCGGCAGGGACAAACGAUUGCGAGGUUGCAUCGGCACCUUCUCGGCAAUGAACCUGCACUCAGGACUCAGGGAAUACACACUCACCAGUGCCCUUAAAGACAGCCGCUUCCCGCCCGUGACGCGGGAGGAGCUGCCGCGCCUCUUCUGUUCGGUGUCGCUGCUCACAAACUUUGAGGACGCCACCGACUUCCUGGACUGGGAGGUGGGAGUGCACGGCAUCCGAAUAGAGUUUGUGAAUGAGAAGGGCUCUAAGCGCACCGCCACGUACCUGCCGGAGGUGGCGGAGGAGCAAGGCUGGGACCAGAUACAGACGGUCGACUCGCUGCUGAGGAAGGGGGGCUACAAAGCCUCCAUAUCCAACGACUUCCGCAAGUCAAUCAAGCUCACCAGCCACCCGGCGCUCCGCUCGUUGUUCGCCCUGCGCCAGGCCCCGGUGCACCUCUGA